AUGCGCCUCCUCGCCACCAUCACUUUGGCCAUACUAACGGCCGGUGUAACCGCAGUACCCGUCGCGGUGCUCCCCAGCCUCAUUCACCCCCCAGUCCAUGUCUUCAGAGCUGACCCUGUCGCUGAAGCUGUCGAUGCGGAGCCCAAUAUCGAGGCUCGCGGCGAGAACAUCGUUGAUGUUUCUGACUGGGAGCAAAAGCCAGAGAUCCAAGCCAGAGACGAGGCCGCGGUUAAUGUCUGGGACCUGGAGCCACAGACCCAAUCGCAAGACGCCCCUCGACUCCAAGCCAGGGAUGAGGCCGGUCUCGAAGAAAUCGAUAUCGAGCCAGAGAUUGCAGCCCGAGAAGAGCCUCAGAUCAAAGCCAGAGACGAGGCUGCACUCGAGAACUAUGACUUGGAAUCCGAGGUCCAACUCAGUGAAAAGUCUCAGGUCAAGGCGAGAGAUGAAGCUGCGCUAGACCACGUCGACAUGGAACCUGAAAUCCACGCCAGAGACGAGCCUCAUAUCCAAGCAAGAAGCGAAGCUAAGGCUGCAUGGACUGACCCAGACUACCACUCUGGAGGCGUCACCGCCGCAGACGACUGGAAGUACAGAGACAACCUAGCCAAGCUCGACGCCAACAACUGCGGCAUUGAUUGCCAUCGCUCCAUCAACUCUUACCGUUCCAAGGUGUCCAGAGAACACAGGCCAUACUAUGACCGAAGCACGGACUACCACAGCAACAACUACGACCACCAUGACUACAACUAUGGAGUCCAAAGAUCUUCCCGCGCUUCGAGGGGCGAACACAACACACCCGCGGAUGACUGGAAGUAUAGGGACAACCUCGUCAAGCAGGACAACCACAAUUGCGGCUCGGGCUGCAAACAUUCUCUGGCAUCGUACCGUUCCGUGGAAUCCAAGGAUUCGAGAAUCGCUCGGGAGAAGGACUAUCAUAACUACAACCACCAGGAUGAUAAGUACAACAACUGGCACCCCAAGGACUAUCAUGUGAAUGGCAAUGGCUAUAACCAUAACAACGGGCAUUACGACGAUAGGACCAUCAGGACUAAUACCUACUAUCCCAAAGACCAUCAUCCUACCAACUAUAAUGAUAUCCAUCACAAUGAUUACCAUGGCAAUAAUUACCAUACCAACGGCAACGGUUACGAUCAUCAUAACAAUGGUCACGACUAUGGAGUUCAGAGGUCUUCGAGGGCGUCGAGGGGAGAGCACAACACCAGGCAGGAUGUGAUUAACCACAACAAAAAUCACUACAAGCAGGACCAUAACAACUGUGGUAAAGGCUGUCUCCAAUCUCUUGCCUCAUACCAUUCGGUUGCGUCUGCAGACUCGAGGCGGUCCAGGCAGUCGAGACAAUCUCAUGGAAACCACGGGCACUAA